UCAGUGUCAGUAUUCGUUGGAAUCAGUUCCUAACCUUCCUUCUCGCUUCGUUCACUCUAGAGAGAGAUUGGAGAGAGAGAGAGAGAUGUCGAGAUCGGCGGCGGAGGAGGCGGCGGCGGCGGCGGGGGGAGGAGGGGCGACGGCGGCGGCGAGGGUGUCGAUAUGGGAGUCGCUGAGGGGGUGCGGGAUCUUCGGGAAGGAGAUCGACAAGGAGGAGCUGCGGCGGCGGAUCGCGAUGCCCCGGUACCUCUGCGCGGCGGUGGCCGCCGCCGCGAGGAGCAAGGACUCGACCUCCGCCGCGGCGGCGACGGCGGCGCCGCCCGCCGGCGAGGAGGCGGCGCCGGAGGCGCCAGUGGUCGUCUUCGUCAACUCGCACAGCGGGGGGCGCCAUGGCCCCGAGCUCAAGCUCUGGCUCCAGGAGCUCAUGAGCGAGGAACAGGUCUUUGAUCUUUCAGCUGUUAAGCCUUCUGAUUUUGUUCGUUAUGGUUUGGCUUGCUUGGAAAAUUUGGCUGAUGAUGGAGAUGAUUGUGCAAAGGCCACUCGUGAGAAGUUGAGGAUUAUGGUGGCAGGAGGUGAUGGUACAGUGGGCUGGGUAUUAGGAAGCAUUGCUGAACUUUAUGCAAUGAAUAGGAUGCCGAUUCCUCCCACUGGAAUCAUUCCACUUGGCACUGGCAAUGAUCUCUCUAGGACAUUUGGCUGGGGUGGCUCUUUUCCUUUCGCAUGGCGUUCAGCUAUAAAGCGUUCUCUCGACAGGGCUGUUACUGGUCCUAUCUGCCGUCUAGACAGUUGGCAAAUUGAGGUUGUGAUGCCAGAAGGAGAAACAGUAGAACUGCCACACUCGCUCAGCCAUAUGGACUGCUUCGAUUUCAGUCAGGAUUUUGACAUUGAAGGAGAGUUGCCUGAAAAGGUUUCUUGUUAUGAAGGAAUAUUUUACAACUAUUUUAGCAUUGGAAUGGAUGCUCAAGUAGCAUAUGGUUUUCACCAUCUACGUAAUGAAAAGCCAUAUCUUGCUCAAGGACCAAUUGCAAAUAAAUUAAUAUACUCUGGAUACAGCUGCACCCAGGGGUGGUUUUUUACACCUUGUGUAAACAGCCCAAGCUUAAGGGGGCUCAAGAACAUUUUGCGCCUAUAUAUUAAAAAAGGCAAUUGUUCAGAAUGGGAGCGGAUUCCAAUUCAUUCCAGUGUCAGGUCAUUAGUUGCCUUAAAUCUAUCUAAUUAUGGAAGUGGAAGACAUCCAUGGGGUGAUCUUAAACCGGAAUAUCUAGAAAAGAGAGGAUUUGUGGAAGCUCAUGCAGAUGAUGGUUUGCUUGAAAUAUUUGGUCUAAAGCAAGGGUGGCAUGCUUCAUUAGUUAUGACUGAACUUAUUUCUGCGAAGCACAUUGCUCAGGCUGCAGCAAUCAAGUUUGAAAUCAGGGCCAGCCAAUGGAACCGAGUAUAUUUGCAAAUGGAUGGAGAGCCAUGGAAACAACCAUUAAGCAGGGAAUAUUCCACCUUUGUGGUGAUAAAAAAAGUUCCUUAUCACUCGCUCAUGAUAAGUGGACAAUAACUUGAUUUCCCACCGUAAGAAGAAAAUAAUUAAGAAUAUCAACAGGAAGCAAGUCGAAGCUACUCCAGUGACAAGGAAUAGUCCCCAAAAGCUGCGAAAGGAGAGACUGUUGGAGCGCACAACACUGCCUUCAUUUAGGCAAGAAUUUUGAUCUCCGAUCCACUUCUUUUCUAUUUGAAUGAUAGUGUCACCCUCCGUUAUGUUCAGGAUCUCCCUUGAGAUGUCAGGGAUUAGAGGCGAACCUUUUGGGAAAGCCUACAUAGUAGAUACAAUCGCACAUGAUUUGCUGUACAAACUUGUAGUGUUAGGAUCUAUAGGUGCAAUGAGAUGUUGCAGCACAGAAACGGUGAUUUGGCUAGAUUAACUCUUAAUUUUCCUUUUAAUUUUUAAUGUAUUUGUUUUAAACUAUGAAUGAUACCUUGCUCAUACCAUGUUGGCACGGUAAGGUUGCUAGGCAUGGGAUGUGCCAUGCCAAACAGCACCUUAGUCUUGAAUGUAAGUGAACAGCUUUGUUUU